AAACAAUAAAUUGGCGUCUCCCGUUCGGUCAAAGUCAGUUUAACGCGACAAGUGUACCGUAUUUGGCGACCACAUCCAUGAAUAAAUAGGAAGACAGAGAAAUCGAGUCUUUCAAGAUGAGAUAUUUGCUUGUCAUCGCCGCUUUUACGGCUUUGGCCUUUGCAAAACCGGAAUUUUAUAAGGAAAAGGAGGAUUUCCAGUACUCCAGAAGCUCCACAGAUGAAGGUAGUAAGUCCGGCUUCUAUGGGGCUCAAAGAGGAAAUAUGGGUGGUAACUACGAAAAGGCACAUAACAUGGAUGGCUUAGCGCAGAACCAGAUGAGUGGACUUGUGCGUAAUGUCGAAGGUGAACUUGGAGACGGGUACAAACUAAGAACCGGCAGCGUGUAUAGUUCUGCCAACUCUAGAGGAAUCUACGGCUCCGGCCACUAUGACCUGAGCAAUCUACAAGGUAGAAAUUUCGACGAGACAGAAUCAUUUGAUAAUUCACAUUCUUCUACGAUGUCACAAAGUUCAGCAUUCGGAAAUUCUAGAUUAAACGGCGGCGCGUACGGCAGUAGCAACCGCGCCCAUAGCUCGGGGUACAGAGGCUACCAAGCUAGCGAUCAAUCUCAACAAUACAUGCAAACAGAUAAUUUGCAGUCCGCAGAUCAUUUACAAAGCGCCCAUGGCUACGGUUAUGGAAGUGAAGCUGCCCAGCUUUCUACAUCAGGAUUUCAGAGCCAUCACGAUUAUGAUCUAAGCGCCUCUAAUUUAGAUCGUACAGGUGCGUAUGGCAGCAAUAUGCGAAGCCGUAUCUUAACUACUGCUCCGGUAAGAGUUAUCGUUCGACCCGGAAUCAGGAGGACCGUGCCGCUCACUGCUCAAGUCUACGAUGCUGAUCACAGCGAUACCUCUUUUACCCAUGAGAACAGUAACAUUAACAGAGAAACAGAAUUAUUAAAUACUGAUGGACAGCAAGUGCACUACAGGACCUCGAAUGCCCCUAAACGUUAUGAAUCCUCAUACAGUUACCACAAGGAAUGGGAGAAACAUAAUACUCAGCCGAUAAAUGUCCCCGGUGCUGUACCGACAGUUAAUCCAUUUGCUGUUCAGAGUGAAACACGCGGAGACUUAAACGAGGAAAGAAAUUCUGAAAAUAUUCAGCACCAAUCAAAUAUGAACGCUUACAAUUCCCUAGCGAGUAACACAGCAUUUACGGCUAACACUCAGUCAUCAAGAGAAGCUAGAUAUCAAGCAGGCUAUAACACGAAACAUAGCUCCAGCUCUUCAUUGGCAGAAAACACGAAUGGAUAUAACACUGGUAGACGCAGUGCUUCUCAGACCGGUAGUUCUUUAGUAGCUUCAAAUGCUAAUGAAUACAAUACAGGCAGCAGUAGUUCAUUGUUAGCCUCUAAUGCAAAUGGAUACAAAACCGGUAGCACUAGUUCUUUAUUAACCGCGAAUACAAAUGGAUACAAUAAAGUUUCACACGGAACGAAUUCAGAAGAAGGUAUUGCUAAUGCUGCUGAUUCAGGAAAUCUUGUGCAGUCACUGAGUACGAAACCUAAAAGUUACCAUUCUUCUUAUUCUUAUCAUAAGUCUUGGGAAAGACAAGGCGACCCUUACAUCAUUAAACCAGCUGGAAGUGGUGCGUUUGAUGGCCAGGCAUCUCAGAAAUUAACUGCUGCGUCAGCCAGUCAAGGAGAGUACUCUUCGCGUCAUUAUGGAUCCCAAUACAAACAAGCUCAUCAUAGCUUUUCACAAAAUGGAUUCGAUAGUGAUUGCGACGAAGAAGGUCACGCACGAGUAGCUCGUUCUGCCGACUCACGGUAUAAACCAGAAAAUCAGGCUUACCAAAAUAUGUACCAUGGCCAAGAAGAAUAUGGCCAACAAACACAAAGCCGUUUGGAAAAUUUAGAAGACUUUGGGCAACAAACACAAAAUCAAUGGGAUAACCUACAAAACUUUGGGCAACAAGAACAGAGUAAUUGGGAGAAUUCACAAAAUUUAGGACAACAAAUUCAAAGUCAGUGGGAUAACUUACAAGAUUUAGGGCAACAACCUCAAAAUCAAUGGGAUAAUUUGCAAAAUUUAGGACAACAAACCGAGGAAAAGUUUGAUAAGCUCGAAGAUUUAGGGCAACAACCUCAAAGUCAAUGGGAUAACAUUGUAAGUCAAGAGAUAGAGCAAAAAUUUGAUACCUUACACACUAUGGGGCAACAAACUCAAAACCAAUGGGACAAUAUGCCAGAAAUAGGUCAAAUGACACAAGGAAAAUUGGAUAAGCUAGAAAAUUUUGGACAACAAACUCAAACACAAUGGGACAAAAUAGAAAAUUUUGAGCAGCAAUCACAAAAUAAAUUGGAUAAAGCAGAAGACUUAGGACAACAGCAACAAGUUACUCGGGGAAGCACGGAACAGCAGAAUCGCAGUUGGCAAAAAUUGGAAGAUUUCAAUCAACAUACGCAAAGCGAUGUGGAACAACAAAUACAGGAGCAAGAUGAACAAACACCCAAAAUGGUUUUUUAUAACAAAGAAUUUGGCCAGCGGCAAAAUGUUUUUGAUUUGAAUGACACUCAAGAUUCUCAACUAACAGACAAAAAACAUGACAGCGGAAGUAAUUUAUCUCAAAAAGAAGAUAAAGAUUUAAUUAGGGGUCCUUGGAAUAAUUUAAUGCUUAAUUUGGGUGCCAUUCAGCAAGAAACCUCCAAUUUCGAUUUAAAUAACCAUAAUCCAACACAUACUUCUAACAAAAAUAAUGACAGACCUGAUGAAGCUCAAAAUCCAGAAUUAUACGAAUUUGACUCCCCCAAAAUAUUUCAUAGCCAACAAACACAAAACACGUGGAACAUAAAGGAAGAAGACACAAUACAACAGAGACCAUUUGAACAAAAUGAAAAUUUAGGCUUAAAUAAUGUUGACUGGCACAACGCUAAUAAUUUACAGAGACAAACAGAAAAGAGCGCACAUUCAACAACUGAAAAAAACUCACAUCCGUUAGGUGGUCAGUGGCAUAAAACUGAUGGUGAUUCUGUAGAGCCAGAUAAAGAAUUUCAUUCACAAGAUGAACAAAAUUCUUCACUGUUAGGCGGUCUUUGGGAUAAAAUUGAUGGUAUAGCAAAAGAGACACUUAAAGACAUUGACGAGGAUGAAGAAGAUACACAAAAGUCUAAUAAAGUGGAUUCAACAGACUGGUCACAAGAAAUUAAGCCAAGUGCCACGCGCAACACACCGGAACCUUUGAAGCCUCAAAUAAAUACGAAUUUAUCUAAACCAAAUGUUACACCAAAUCAAGAUAAAAUUUCAAGGCCAAAAGAUGUAGGUCGCGGUGAUAUUGGACCUGAAGAUACUGAUUUAACGUCAGAUACCUCUGUGAUAAAUAAACCUUACAAAACACCAAAUGAAAUAGAUGCUUUGAGUUUAACGAGACAUUUAAACGUACAACCGGCAGACUCAAAUAGUGACAAAAAUAAAUUUAACGUGCUAAGUGAUAAAGAAUUAAAAAUAGUACAAGACUUAAUAAAAAAAAUUGAAAAUGAAGAUUCUGAUGAGGUUGUAAUAACUUCUACGAGCACACCACUUUCGCCAAUCCCAACAAUUGCAACUAACAUAGAUAAAAAUAUAUUAGCUGACUUAAAUGAAAAUGAAGAAAAAUUAGUACAAGCGAUCAACAAUAAGUUUAUAUUUAAUCAGAAUAAGAAACGAACUUCUACACCAUUUACACCUAGAAGAGAAAUUUAUGAUCAGCAAUCAAGAAAUAAGGAAGAAUUUGGACACAAUACCAACACUCUUCCAAUGUAUCAUCAUUCUGAUAAUUAUUAUACAAAUGUCCCCAAACAUUUGGACCAAAAAAAUGAAGACUAUGAACCUGAAGAACAACAAAAUUUGGAACAGCAUGUUGAAGAUUUUCAGCAAACACAGGAAUUACAAAAUCCCAGCCAAUUAGAAAACUUUGCACAGCAACAACAAAGUGAUUGGAAUUCUGAAAAUAAUCUUGCCCAAGUUUUAGACCAACAAUUAUUAUAUUUAGGGGAAGUCUCACAAAAGUUUGAUGAGAAACAGAUAAAUGAAGAAAUAAAAGAAAUUGAGGCAACACAUCAAACUAAAAUGAAUGAUUUAACACCUACUGAGCCAGAGCCAGACGCACAAAAACAUGGUUUUUGGAAAUCUGUAGGUAACAAAUUAACAAAUGCUAAAAAGAAAGUAAUGUCAUGGUUCUCUUAACAAUGCAAAUAACUUUUAACACAAAAUGGCCAGAAAACCUUACUUUUAAAAUACUGUUAAUUUUAGUUAAUAAAUAAGAUAUAUGUAAAUAAGAUAU